GCAGCUGGCAACACCUGGCAACGCUGAAGAACCUGGCUGUAACCUGGCGCCGGCCCGAGCGAUCGGAGUCGGUUCAUUGUUCUUUCGACGCGGAGCGCAGACCCCGGUGCAGCCAAAGUGCAACUAUUUUCGUUAUUUGAGUUUUUCUAGCAAGCAUUUUGAAGCCAUGAAGUUCAGGUAUCCGACGCCGCGGCGGGAUGAAACUGUCGUGGACAUUUACCACGGCGUGAAGGUUGCAGACCCCUACAGAUGGAUGGAGGAUCCCGACAGCGAAGAAACGAAGGCCUUUGUAGAUGCUCAGAAUGCCGUCACAACACCCUUCUUGGAGCAGUGCAAGGACCGUCAGAAGAUUAAAGAAAGGCUACGGCAGCUGUAUGACUAUCCUCGCUUUGGCUGUCUCAAGAAGCAUGGGAAGCGUUACUUCUGCUACAUGAACACGGGGCUUCAAAACCAAAGUGUCCUUUAUGUCCAGGACUCUCUCGAAGCUGAGCCAAGAGUGUUCUUUGAUCCAAAUGAGCUAUCUGAGGAUGGAACAGUGUCUGUCAGCUCCACGAGUUUUUCUGAAGAUGGGGAACUCUUCGCGUAUGGCCUCAGCUACAGUGGGUCCGACUGGAUUAAGAUUUUUAUCAAGCGAGUGGCCACGGGUGAGAACUUUCCGGAGACACUGGAACGGGUGCGGUACACAGAUAUGUCCUGGACGCAUGACAACAAAGGCUUCUUCUAUGGUAAAUACCCCGAAAGUCUCCAGAAGGCCGACGGCACGGGGACAGACAAGGCGCAAGAUCAGAAGCUCUACUACCACCGCGUGGGCACACCGCAGACAGAGGACGUCCUUUGUGCGGAGUUCCCGGAGAAACCUCAGUGGAGAGUGGGUGGCCAAGUCAGCGACUGUGGCAAAUACGUAAUUGUGACCGUGGAAGAAGGAUGCAAGGACAACCAGCUCUACGUUGCUGACCUUUCCAAGCUCACUGAUGGCAUCAAAGACAAGCUGGAACUGAAGUGUCUGGUUGGCAAGUUCGAAGCGGAGUAUGACUACAUCACCAAUGAAGGCAGCGUGUUCACCUUCCGUACCAACAAGAACCGGCCACGUUACGGCCUGGUCAACAUCGACUUGGCUGACUGUGCAGAGCCUACACAGCUGUCUCCUUCUUAUAUAUUUUCUCCUCGAAGAGCUGUACAUGAAUCCUGGAAGGACCUAAUACUCCAGGAUGAAAAGGAUGUCCUGGACUGGGCAGCUUGUGUUCACAAGAACAAGCUAGUGGUCUGCUACUUGCGUGAUGUUAAGAAUGUGCUUCAAUUACAUGCUCUCCAAACUGGAGAAAAAAUCAUGGACUUCCCCUUAGAAGUUGGCACUAUCACUGGUUUCGCUGGUGAAAAGAAAGACCAUGAGAUUUUUUACUUUUUCACAUCCUUCCUGACACCUGGCACCAUCUACUACUGCGAUCUCAGCAAAGAGCCCAUCAGUCCCAAGGUUUACAAGAAAAUCAGUCCGCCUGGAUUUGAUGCCAGCAAGUUUGAGACCAAGCAGGUGUUUUACACAAGCAAGGAUGGAACCAAGGUCCCCAUGUUCAUUGUUCAGCAAAAGGGGCUGCCCAUCAAAUCGCCGUGCCUGCUGUAUGCCUAUGGAGGCUUCAACCGGAGCCUGCAGCCUUACUUCAGCGUGUCAUGCCUGCUGCUCAUGCAGCAUUUGGGCUUUGUGUAUGCCAUUGCCAACGUGCGUGGAGGAGGGGAGUACGGCGAGGCAUGGCACAAUGCAGGCCGCCUUUUCCAUAAACAAAACACGUUUGAUGAUGUUCAGUCAGCUGCUGAGUACCUCGUCGAGAACAACUACACCACCAAGGAGAAGCUUGUGGUGCAGGGUGGUUCCAAUGGAGGUCUGGUGGUGGCAGCAUGUGCCAAUCAGCGGCCAGACCUGUUCAAGUGCAUCAUCUGCCAAGUAGGAGUACUGGACAUGCUACGUUUCCACAAGUUUACCAUUGGUUAUGCGUGGACAUCAGACUAUGGAAGCUCAGAUGAUGAAAAAAUGUUCAAUUACCUGUACAGGUACUCGCCUCUGCAUAACAUACCGGCCGUGAUGGGCGAUGACGUCCAGUACCCCUGCAUACUGCUGCUGACGGCCGACCAUGAUGAUCGUGUUGUGCCAUGCCAUUCGCUCAAGUUCAUUGCUCAGCUGCAACACACCCACGGGAACUCCAACAAGCAGACGAACCCUCUGUUGAUCCAUGUCGACACCAAGGCUGGGCAUGGGCAUGGCAAGCCCAUUUCCAAAGUGGUAAGCAUUGGAAUCUUUGAAGCAGCUGCAGGGGACUUGUGAAGUGGCACGACAGGC